AUGAGAAAUGAUAGGAUAGAGAAAAGGUCCGGGAUUACUUUCUUGCACGUAUUUCGAAGACAGCCGAGACAGACUAGCCCUUGGAUGCAUCCCAUUGGCAAAGAGCCUUCGACAGCCUGGCAUACCGCUAUGACUUUCCCCAGUAGCCGUAUCGACACGCUCGCACAGUGCAUUCCCAGCCUGGAGUUACUGCUGUUUGCGAUCGAUCUUGCAAUUGCAAGGAAAGAAGUCAAUCUAUAUAGGUUGAAAGAAGGAAUCUGUUGUAUGGAAGACGCCGGUCCCUCGACAGGAGGAAGAGCGGUGGAUUCUGGGUCGGGGUCGGGUAGUUGGCACAAGUACCUCGACUUAUCCGAGGGAAAUUCCGAAUCAUCCACAGAACAGCCGGGGGCUCCAGAGGCGAUGCCGCAGGCGCCGGCGGAGGACACGGAUCAUCUCAUAAAAACUUCCAUUAUACAAAGGAUGGGGGAGCUUUACCCCACGGAUCCGUGGGAUCCAGAGAAUGAAUUAAUUCGGGAAAAACUAUUCCCCGGUGGGAAGGGAAAAACCAGAAUACGGCCAAUGACGGUCGAGGAAUUAAACCAUAUUCACGACCGCAUAAUUCAUGACGGUAAGAAGGCCUACUGGGCUAAGGAAUUACACAGGAGGAUUCAAAACUGGGAUUGGGAAAAUCCACGCGGCCCUUCGUAA